CAGGGGCUUGCUCUUGCAAUACUAAACCACAAGGCAGUCUUGCAGGAGAAAGCAGAAUUCAGCCAUGCACAGCUCAGCACUGCUUUGUUGCCUGGUCUUACUGGCUAGAGUAGUGGUCAGUCAAGGUGAAGAUACCCAGUCUGAAAAUAACUGCACCCUCUUCCCAGCUGGCCUGCCACACAUGCUCCGAGAGCUCCGAGCUGCCUUUGGCAGGGUGAAGACAUACUUCCAAACAAGGGAUCAGCUGGACAGCAUGCUGUUAAGCCAGUCCCUGCUGGAGGACUUCAAGGGUUACCUGGGUUGCCAAGCCUUGUCAGAGAUGAUCCAGUUUUACUUGCUGGAAGUGAUGCCCCAGGCAGAGAACCAGGGUCCAGACAUCAUGGAACAUGUAAACUCCCUGGGAGAGAAGCUGAAGGUUCUCCGGUCACGGCUGCGACGCUGUCAUCGAUUUCUUCCCUGUGAAAAUAAGAGCAAGGCAGUGGAGCAGGUGAAGAGCGCAUUUAGUAAGCUCCAAGAGAAAGGCAUCUACAAAGCCAUGAGUGAGUUUGACAUCUUUAUCAACUACAUAGAAGCCUACAUGACAAUGAAGCUAAACAACUAAAACACCCAGGAUGACGAUGCUAAUGGACUCCAGGCCAUAUAUUGAAGAUCUCUAAUACAUGACCCAGGUUGCCAAACCAGGUCCUUGGGAAAAAAAACCAUCAUACCUCUCUCUCCUGGAAUAUUUAUUAACCUCUGAUACCUCAGCUUGAACUCUUAUUUAUUCACUGAGCCUUUCUGUGAACAAUUUAGAAAGAAGCCUAAUAUUAGUCUUUUUCAGUAUUUAUUAUUUUCACCUGUGUUUAAGCUGUUUUUUGGGGUUACGCCCUAUGGUAUUUAAGUGUUUUAAGAGAAAUUGUUAAAUUAUAUGAAGGGAAAUAGAUUCCUUUGGGGGGGGGCUGAGGCUCCCGUUCCAAGUAUGGUCAUACUUUCUAGAUGCUUUCCAUGACCUUCAUCUUUAUCCCUGGGCUCAAGAGUCCAGGAGCAUUUGAAAAGACGCUUAUACUCUUAGGAGGAGAAAUCAGGGAGUCCCUUUGAUGAGUAACCUUCCAGCAGUUCAGAGGGAUUUCCCUGACCUCAGUCUACAACCACUUCAGUCUUGAAAGCUGUGGCCAGCUUGGUAUAUAUACAUAUAUGUAUAUAUACAUAUAUAUACAUAUAUGUGCAUGUAUAUAUACUCAUAUAUCAACCUAAAAUUGGUUCUAAUAGAACUCAGUUUCAACCAGAAGUAACUCAAUUCCACUGGGAAUGUUACCUUGUUUGUCUGUCUUCAUAGCAGAUUUUCAUUUUGAAUAAAUAAAUGAGUCUUAUUCAAAUCA